GUUCAUGGUACCAAAAUGUUUCUCAUAAAAACUUCUGCAUUACAAAUUCUUUCGUGAAUAGCUCCAAAUGUUACAAAUGUUUGAAUGAGGAAUAAACUAUGCUGCGGUUUGGACGAUCAUCAAAGUUGGUCCUCUGUUUUCUUAGCUUUAAACUUCUCCUUUUUUUUUUUUUUUUUUUACCAAGGAUUAAUUUGAAUAUGUUGAUGAUUGCUAAUUCAAUGAUGUGAACGCAACAUGUAGAUACAAAACACUUUUUUGAAUUUUGAGUGGGCAAAUAUUUAUUGGACACCAUCUGGUCCACUUUUAAGCAUUAAUUUAUCGUAUUUGUCGAUGCCAUCAUCAUCAUCAUUAUUUAUCGACUGGGGCACUCUCUCUCAUGAUAAGAAAUGGGGAAAUCAGCCAAAAUAGUAAUGUUGCUGGGGAUAUUUUCCUUGAGAAUCUGCUUUGCUGCAUCUGCAUUUAUUAACAUGUCUACUGUGGAUGAGUUAUCUCUCCUGUCCAUGAAAGCUAACAUAAAUUCCGACAUCCUGGCUAGGAACUGGUCCAAGGAAACCUCGUUAUGCACUUGGACCGGCGUCAUUUGUGGCAAGAAGCAUCCACGGAGAGUGACAGCUAUCAAUCUUGCAAAUAUGGGUUUGGAGGGAACCAUCGCAAAGGAAAUCGGCAACCUCUCAUCUCUGAGAUUCGUAGACAUCAGCAACAACAGUAUCAAUGGCCAAAUCCCAAGUGAAAUUGGAUUGUUGGGGAAGCUGCAGGGUUUGAACCUUUCACAUAACUACUUGUUGGAGAUAUUCCGACAAGUUUAUUGGCGAUCUCACUGGAACUAUUCCAGCUGGGUUUGGCAACUGGUCACAACUUCAGGAGCUCUCUUUGAGUAGGAAUUAUUUGACAGGUAUGUUCUUGAUAACCUGCCCUUAAUUUUUGCUUCAUUCUUCUUUGUGAUAGAAGAUCUUGGUGCAUAUAAUUAUGAUGUUAUUCAAUAGACGUAGCAUGUGCGUGCAUCGGUAGAAUAAAAACGCAGUACAAUACUAUAAGGGGAUGUUUACUUUGAGCCAGUGAUAGAUUGAUUGACAAUGAUACGAGUGGGCAUUUGAAGGGUUAAAGAUCAACAUGUCAAAUUUAUUCAUAACAUCAAAGGAUAUGGUGGAUUUUAUCUAAUCUAUCUCCCAAAGUAAACACCUAAUAAUAGGAUGUCUCGUACCUAUCUACUGGGGUAAUGGUGGUUAGACUCUGAUUUUGGAGGAAAUAGCGAUUGCUAUAAUAGAGGUUAUGAUUUAUCUUGUUAGUGUUGUUUUAGCACUAGUUUAUGUUAUUUCAUUAAAACAAAGUACAUUUGCAGCCAAGCUUGAAAAAUUAGUUCUUCAAAUUAUUGAAACAUAAUCCCCUUUCUUCUUUUUGUUGGGGGACUCCGACAUGAGACCUAUGGCCUCGGGCAUUAACUACUCCACAACUAGGCCAACACACGCACAAAACAUCAUCCCCUUUCACUCUGAUGCGUUGUUGUUCUCUCAAAAAGACAGAUUCUUGUCGGGAUUUACAGGUACGGUUCCAACAUCAAUUGGCAAUUUGUCGAAUUUGGAGGUAUUCGAUUUCAGCAGGAACAGUUUUUAUGGGACAGUUGUGUCAGAAAUGGGACAACUAUCCAGCUUGAGAAUACUGAAUCUUCAAUCAAACAAUCUAAGUGGUGAAGUACCUCAAGCUAUCUUCAAUCUCUCCAUGUUACAAUUUCUUUCCCUUAGAGAAAACAACCUAUCCGGCAGUCUUCCAUUUUCUAUUGACACAGGCCUUCCAAACAUUGAGCAGAUUUUUCUUGGAAAUAUCCAACAGAGGUUUGAUCUUCGAGCUAAUCGCUUCCAUGGAGAAAUCCCGAGUUCAAUCUCAAAUCUCUCUAAACUCAUCGCACUGGAUCUUUCUGAUAACUCAUUCAAUCAUGUACCAAUGAAUCUUGGGAGUUUACAUCAACUUCAGAUGCUAAACUUGGAAGCAAAUCAGUUGACAAAUAAUUUGUCCAAUCCUGAACAGGACUUUCUCUCUUCCUUGGCAGCUUGCAAGAAUCUGAGGUUUAUACAGAUAUCAUUUAAUCCUAUAACUGGUGUUCUCCCAAAAUCCUUAGGCUCGAGCAAUCUCUCUGUGUCCCUUGAAACUUUCAAAGCUUUCUCUUGCAAAAUCUUAAGUCCGAUCCCCGAUGAGAUAGGGAACUUAAGCAGCUUGUUGUGGUUAAACCUCGGAUAUAAUCACUUCACCGGAGCCAUUCCCAUUAUGCUGGGAGGUUUAAGAAGCUUGAGGAAUCUGGAAAUCUACGGCAAUAGAUUUCAUGGCUCCAUCUCCACUGUCUUGUGCAAUCUAAAUUCUCUUUAUUCGUUAAACUUAGCAAUAAACAAUCUCUCUGGACUACUACCAAGUUGUUUAGGGAACCUCUCUUUGUUAAGAGAAAUCUAUAUGUCAAGCAAUGAAUUCAGCUUCAACAUCGCAUCAAUUUUAUGGUUUGAUAAGGGUGCUAUCAAUGUGAAGAAUCUGGUAGCAUUGGAUCUUUCGUAUAAUCAGCUCUCUGGGGAGAUCCCAAGCACCAUUUCCCAGCUUGAGAAUCUAGUUCGACUAUCAUUGUCUAGAAACAAACUGAGAGGCCGCAUAGUUGAAUCGUUUUCUCUUCUAAAGGAUUUGGAACUCUUGGAUCUGUCCCACAACAAUCUCUCUGGUCCGAUUCCUAAGUCUUUGGAAGCACUUUCACAUCUUAAUUACUUUGAUGUAUCAUUUAAUGAGCUUAGACGUGAAAUUCCAGACAGAGGGUGUUUUGUCAAUUUCAGUGCGGAGUUUUUCGUUGGUAACAAUGGUUUGUGUGGACCCAUUCGAUUAGAAGUGAAGAAAUGUCAACCUUUAAGCAUGAGAAAACGUUUACCAUAUUUAUCAUUUUUGAUAGUUGUUGUGAUUGGCCUUAUUCUUGUCCUGAGAUGGAAAUUUUGUGCAAGAACGACAUAUCCUUCGUCUCAUUAUUUUCCAUAUGACAUUUAUAGGAGAAUUUCAUAUCAAGAAAUCCUUCAUGCCACGGGCAACUUUGAUGGAAAAAACUUGAUUGACAGGGGUGGCAUUGGCUCAGUAUAUCUGGGGACAUUUUCUGAUGGAAUGAAGUGUGCUAUUAAAGUAUUUGAUUUACAUGUACAAGAUGCAUUGAAGAGCUUCCAGACUGAGUGCGAAAUAUUAGGCGGAUUACGCCACAGAAAUAUUGUCAGGAUUAUCACUUGUUGUUCCCAGCCUGAUUUUAAGGCCUUGUUGAUGACAUAUAUGCCCAACGGUGAUCUAGAGAAACAGCUCCACUUUGCCAAUUGUUCCUUAGACUUGUUCACAAGAAUGAGAAUAAUGACAGAAGUGGCGCAAGUGAUAGAGUAUUUACAUGAAUACUGUACAACGCCCAUUGUCCAUUGCGAUUUAAACCCGAAAAACAUCCUUCUUGAUGAAGACAUGGUUGCACAUGUAGGCGACUUUGGCAUUUCCAAGAUCUUGAGUCAAGAAGAGAGAAUGGUAUGUUCUAGGACUUUGGGUACUGCUGGAUACAUAGCACCAGAGUAUGGAUCACAAGGAUUAAUCUCGACCACAGUGGAUGUUUAUAGCUACGGGAUUUUGCUGAUGGAAAUAUUUUCAAGAAGAAAGCCAACAGAUGAGAUGUUUUAUGGAGAGUUAACCUUGAGGAGAUGGGUCUCUGAAUCAUUCCCUAAUUCAGUAUUGCAAAUUUUGGACAAUGAGCUUCUGGAUACAGACAGUGAAGAAGCUAGAGCUGUUUUCAUAACUUGCUUGACAUCAGCUAUUGGAUUAGCAUUAGAAUGCACGGCAGCUUUGCCCGAGGAGAGGCCUAGUAUGAGAUAUGUUCUAAAGAGGAUGAGAGAUGUUCAGAGCAGAAUGAGAGAGAUCGAGAUCAAGUUGAAUGACCUGAAAAUGUCAUUCUUGCUUACUGAUUCUGAUCGGGAAGAGAUAAGAAAAUCUUCGAGAAGAUGGAGACAGAUGAGAAGGAAGGCAAAACAACGAGUACCCAUUCUUGCACGCAUACCCGAAUCACAAGAAGUUGUAAAUUUUGAACCAAGUGAAACAGAGUCAUCAAAUUGAACUACAGAGGCUAGAUUACUUUCAGAAGGAAAAUUUCCUCGUUUGCUGACUCUGAUAUAGUAGAUAGGUAAAUAUAUAUUGUUUACAAGGGUGUUUGUUGGCUUUACAAUAUAGAGUCCCGAUCAAAGUUUUCAAUUGGAUUUAGCUCUUGACUGCUUUUUUAUUUAAUGACUAAAUCGAGCAUCCUUUUCCCCUAGCACAUGUAAAAUGCCCCUAUUAAUUUGUUAAUGACCUCUAAGGGUGCGUUCUCUUUGGUUGUAAAAUUAUCAUGAGAAAAGGAUGGAAAUGAAAAGGUGGGAAAAUUUUAUCA